UCAUUUCGUACAGUUUCAUUUGUAGAAAGCCUCGCUUAAUUUACAUUGGUUGAUUUAUUUAACCGAUAUCAGUGAACAGAACGAUUUUCCGCUUGCCCGUUGACUCACGUGUUGCAAAAUGAAGACGAUGAAAAGCUAUUACCGUGACUUUGAAACGUUUAAAUGAGAGGAAAAAUGAAUUUAAUAGCAUACUUCAGAGUAUUGGUGGUUAUUAUAUCCGCUAUUAAUCCCAAGAUUAUAAAUGCAUACAACCCUGACAAUGACCCACUUAUGUUCAUUGCUAAUCCCGUAGAAGCUAACAUGCCGGGACAUUGGAUUCCUUUGAGCAUACUCAAAGUUAUACUUGAAGGCACAACGAGGCAGGUCACACAAAAGGAAAAAUUGUCAGACUAUGUAACUGAACCUCCUCGCCAGACUAAAAAAAUCGAAGUAGUUACCACAGAAAAAGCAACAAGUGAGAUUACGACUGCAUCCACAGAUCCUCCUUCUGAAGCUGGAACUGAAGCUACUGCAGCCCCUGAAGUAUCCACUGAAGCGCCUACUGUAGCGCCAACGGAAGCACCAACUGAAGUGCCUACUGCAGCGGCGCCUGAAGCACCCACAGAAGCGCCAACCGAAGCACCUACUGAAGCGCCCACUGAAGCUCCUACUGAAGCUCCUACUGAAACACUUACUGAACCACCUACUGAAGCACCUACUGAAGCACCUACUGAAGCACCUACUGAAGCACCUACUGAAGCACCUACUGAAGCGCCCACUGAAGCUCCAACUGAAGCACCGACGAAGCGUCAGAAGCCAGUUCGUAAAAAACCUAAAGAUAAUCACGAAAAUCUAUCAUAAAAAAACGAAUUAAUUAUUU